AUGAAGCAUUCGCAGUUGGCGCCGUUGCCUGAUAACCUGCCAUUCCGCAUAGUCUCGCGGACAAUAGGACAGGGGGCUUAUGCAUGCAUCAAGAAGGGCUGUCCCACAAAUGCCGACGCUCCUAUUUUUGCAGUGAAGUUUAUACACAAAGAGUAUGCAGCCAAACAUGGGCAUAUUAGUGCGAAGCAGCUGCAGAUGGAAGUGGCGCUACAUAAGCAUAUCGGCAGUCACCAGAAUAUCAUAGAGUUCUAUAAUACAGGGGAGAAUGAGGCCUGGCGGUGGAUUGCCAUGGAGCUCGCUGAAGGCGGUGAUUUAUUUGACAAGAUCGAAGCCGAUGAAGGCGUGGGCGAGGAUAUAGCGCAUGUUUACUUCUCACAGCUGGUUAGUGCCGUUGGAUUUAUGCACUCGAAGGGAGUUGGCCAUCGAGAUAUCAAACCAGAGAAUAUCCUGCUAUCCGCGGAUGGAAACCUAAAGAUUGCGGAUUUUGGACUUGCCACGCUAUUUGAAUAUGGUGGGAAAUUGAAGUUAAACACUACGCUCUGUGGAAGCCCCCCGUAUAUUGCGCCUGAAGUCAUUCGGUGCAGCAAUCGGGGCCAUUCAAAGGGCCAGGGCUACAGAGCUGAUAUUGCCGAUGCCUGGUCGUGUGGUAUUGUGCUCUUUGUUCUCUUGGUUGGAAAUACCCCAUGGGAUAGCCCUACGGAUGAGAGCUACGAAUUUUGUGACUAUGUCAAAUCAAACUCACGGCCUUCGGAUGAACUAUGGAACGACAUCCCCUCGGAUGCACUGUCACUCCUUCGUGGUAUGCUGAAGCUAGAUGUUAACAGUAGGUUCAACAUAGACGAUAUCCGCAGGCAUCCCUGGUUUACGCGGCAAAACAAACAUUAUGUGGAUGGAAAGCUCGUCAACCCUGUUAAGCUUGCUACAACCAUGUUUGAGUCACUACACAUAGACUUCUCUCAGGACCCGCUGUCUUCGUCACAGUCACGGUCACAGCCCGGUGGUUCUGAUCCCAUGGAUAUUGACCCGGAGACCACUGAUGAUCUGAAACCCAAGUUUUCUGCCACCCAGCCAGAGACACCUAUAGAUGCAGGCCUCAUGGAUUGGGAUGGUCCGCCUCGACUGACAACCGGACUCCAAUCGGCCUCCCAGCCUAAAGAAGGUAUAACUACUGAUCAAGCCAUUCUUCUAGCAGAGCAGCUCCUGGAGGAACCAUCCAUGUCACAGUUCUGCGCCACGCCAUCAGUACCGCUCAGUCGCACCCAGAAUGCGCAGCGGUUCCAGGACAUUGUUCCAGCGUCCGGCCUGACUCGCUUCUUCUCCACUUGGUCUACGAAGGCCUUGGUUUCUCGGAUCUGCGAGGCCUUGCAGCUCCUACAUGUCCCUGCCGCACCAAAGAUGUCCACAGAGUCGGUACUCAUCCGGCUGCGAACUUCAGACGAUAGGAAGUGCCCACUUCAUGGGAAUAUCCUUAUAGAGACAGUAUCGGAGGGCCUUGUUGAGGUUGAGUUUGUGAAGAUCAAGGGAGACCCACUGGAAUGGCGCCGGUUCUUCAAAAAGAUUACGAUUUUAUGUAAAGAUGCAGUUAUGAAACCCGAUCAAUGA